GAGCUCAGUCCCGCCCGUGCGCGCUUCAGCCAGUUUGACGUGCGGACUUCUCCAGCUCCAGAGCGCACGAUCAUAUCUAACUUUUUCUACUUUGACUACACACACAAGCUUCAGAAGCUUCACCAUGGGAGCGAGGUUCAGCAGGAGGACUCCAGCAAACAAGCCUGAAAGUGCUGUAACUGAGCAGACAGCUGCAGAAGAGCCCGUGAGCACGCAGCCAGCAGAGGACUCUGAAGUGACACAGACCCAGGAGGCCGCAGCAGCCCCCCAGGCUGUGGAGCAGAAACCAGAGGUGGUGGUGGGGGAGCCGGUGACACUACAGGCCUGUCUACCAGCAGAGGAAUGUACAGCAGAGUGUAAAGAGCCAGAGGCUCCUGCCGCUUCAACCCCAGAACCAGAACCUGCAGCAAAAGACACCCCAGCCCAGCCCGAACCUCUGAUCUCACUCAGCAAACCUUCUCCUCCAGAACCUGUUGAAGAUCCCAAACCAGUUGCUCCAGCUCAACCCGAACCUCUGAUCUCACUCAUCGAAUCCCCUGCUCCAGAAUCUGUCGAAGAAGCCAAACCUGUUGUUGAAGAGGUCACAGAAGCAGCCCCAGAAACUGUCCCUGAACCAGAGCCAGAGGUAGAGGCUGUGACAGUUCCUGACCCCCCCUCAGAGCCAGAACCAGCCCCAGUAGAGGCAUCGGCACCGGAGAUAGACCUGCUGACCCAGGAGACUCUCCCUGAACCAGAGCUUUCUGCAGCCCCUUUAAUUGACCUGGGUAUCCCUGAACCCACUCCCCAAACCAUCGACAAUCCUCCGUCACCUCCCCCCAGCCCUGUCCCAGUCACUGCAGAUGAGUGCCCAGAGGUCGAGGAACACCAAGAAAGUCCUGAGGUGGCUGUGAUUUCCGCUGUAGUGCCAGAGGAGGAACCCUCUGUUGAAAAUCCAAAUGAGGCCACAGAGAACAUGGAGCAGCUUGUUAGUGAUGUCAAUGAAGAAAGUGUUAGUGGACUCUUAAAGCAGUUAGAUCUGACAGGAAAUGACCUCGUCUCUGACCUCAUUGAUAGUGAUGUUAAGAUCCCAGAUGAAUCCUCCAUCAUAGACGUAAACACUUCAGCUGACAUGAUGUGAAUCCAUGGCCCACUAUUCAUAAAAUAGGUGCAUGGAUAUUUUUGUGGAACAAAACAUUUUCUUGAAUUCUGACAGAAUCACAGACAAUGAUUUUUUUUUUUUUUUUUUUUGCCUUACGUGGCCUAAUAAUAACAAAGAGCUUUUUUCUCUUUAUUUACAUACAUUCUAUCUCAGUCGAGCUGUUGGACAACCUGAGGUGUUGUCAGUUUUUCAUAUAAAACCAAAUAUUGAUACACAUAAAUAUCUAUUGCAGCCAGUGAGUUGGUGGAGGGGAUAUGUACGUAUCUAAAUAAAUUGUUGGACAACAGAGAUCUUCCUCUAUGCAAGUUUUUCAAACAAUUUCUUGAAGGUACUUGAAGAAAAUGGUUUCAUUCCUAUUUUGCAAACCUAUGCAGAAAAACAUUGAAGGGAAGUGUUAACAUAUUUUCAUUUUUAUGUUAUGUUCAAAGGGAAAAGUAAACAUGUUUUUAGAUGGCUAAAUGAGUGUACAGCUCAAACGUUUAAAGACAGGCAAGGGACUGUAGCAAUGAAUGAGCAAGAUGGACAUGACAUAAGCAUACCACUAUGUUCUGUAUAUCUGGGACCAAGGUCCAGCAAUUCUUUGUGCCUUUUCAUACUCAUUUUUGGUCUUUCAAAAAAUGUGUUUUUACCUAUUUAAAUGAAUAGGUCUGAUUGUCAUCUUUUUUGUAUUUUCUUUAAAGAGAAUGUGUAGUGGGGACUUUGAAUCAUGAUGUAGUGGCUUGCUUGAGAAAUAAAAAUAUUCUACACAUUA